UGACCUUGAACAAUUCAAUUUUCCCGCAUUACGGAUGAUAGAUGGGAGGUUUUUGCGUCAUUUUGUGUUUUUUACUUAUCCAUUCCCAACUUAUUGUUGUUAACGUGGCUCUUAAGAGUCGUAAUCAGCCAGAGGAUGAUGACAUAGCACGCAGUGUCCCGUCAGAGUCACAUCACGAAGUCAUUGUUAAUGGGUAGGUUUCUUGAUACUUAUCUUUAUGCUUACCUUUGCUUUCAGCUCCAUCGAAGAUGUACCCAGAUCUAGUGAGUCGGAAACACCUAAUGUUACACCGGAUAUUGAAGAGAUGCAUGUCAAUCAGCCAGUCAUUCCUGAGCCAUUGGUUUCUUUAGACAGUCAGAAGUCUACAGACAAGGUUACUUCAGACGGAUCCAAAUCUUCUACUAAUUUGCAAGAACCAGUCAAAUCUGUUCAUGAAGAUGUUAAAGGAUCAAUAUUGACGGAACUACCAUCAUUGGAUUCGGUAGCUGCAGAGAGCAUUAAUACCCAUGAAAUUCCAACUUUCAAUGAGUUUCAUGCUAUGGUUUCUGAAGGAGCUCAGCCUCGCAAAAGUCAAGAAGUUGGCGAAGACAGUGUGCCUAAAUCCGAAUAUGUUCUAGACGCCAAGGAGAGCAUCAAAAAUACAUUGGAUCCUCAAACAUCAGACAAAGCAUCGCAAGCACAUAUCGAUACUAAUCCUUCAGUCAAAACCUUAAAAGGUCAUGGCAUCAAAGAAGCACUAGAUGGCACAGUUGCAACAGACAGUAGCAAUAUACCUUCAAAUAGUGUAAAGACUGAUUCACACUUAGAACAACAAUAUCAAUCGUUGAAGGGAAGCUCAGAUUCAGUGCCUGACGAUGACAAAAAUUCAAAGGGGAAUUCUCCUGUUACUCCUGAACCGAUAGCCACCAGGACAACAGUUCACACACCGAACAAAGGUGAUGUAACCCUGAGAAGAAAUGUUGCUUCUAUAGCUUGUGGUGCAAAAAUGUUAGGUUCUAGUAAAGCUAUUAAAAAUCCAGAGGCUGUACUUAAUGAGAAUAAUGAUGAAUACAUGAAUGUGCCGUGUAGUGAAGAGAAGUGGUUAAUCUUAGAAGUUUGUCAGCCUGUUCAACUGAGAACAAUAGAAUUGGCAAAUUUUGAAUUGUUCUCAUCUCGAUUGAAGUCUUUCAGAGUUUAUGCUAGUGAUCGAUAUCCAGCAAAGUCAUGGGAGUUGAUUGGUACAUUCACUGCUCGAGAUGUUAAAGGUAUACAGUCUUUUAGUGUAACAAGUGGAAAAAUGAUCAAAUAUAUCAAGUUUGAAUUAACAGAACACUAUGGUUCAGAACAUUAUUGUCCAUUAACUAUGAUCAGAAUAUUCGGUUUAGGCUCUGAUGAUUUAGAUGAUGAUGACGAUGAUGAUGAUAUUGUUGAUGUUGGCAUGGUGAAUAUCCAAGGCAUACGUAAUAAUCACAAGUCUGUUGGUGUUGUUGCUGGGGAUAACAACAAUACAGCUGAAAGUGAAAAGGUUCAAGUGAACGAUGGAAAUAAUUCACCAGAAUCGAAUGUUCCCCCUCAUCAAUCCACUGAAGAUGAUCCUUCUGUCUCAUCGCCAUCGCCAUCAUCAUCACCGUCACCAUCCAAUAAUCAGGCGAAUACCAACUUACAACAGAAUCAUUCAAAAUCGAAUGAGUUGGAGCCUUCAGUGACGCCUUCACCGUUUCCAACUACUGAAGACAGUCAAAUUCAUGAUAGUAUCAGUAAAUCAGAUGAAAAUAAUAAUAAUAAUAAUAAUGAGGUCGAUCCAAUGAUCGAUCGUUAUUCAAUGUUAUUCUCUACUUCAAUGAAGCAUCAACAAGAUAAGAGGAGUAUGCACGCAUCAAAAGAUGAUAAAUAUUUGAGUUUUUCUAAAAAUAACGGCGGAGUCUGUAUGAAUAAUCGGCUGGUACAAUUAUUAAUACAUAAACCGUAUUGUUCAGCUUUAUCUUAUCGUCAACACCAUAGUGGUGAUGCUGAGAGAUCUUCUCCGCCUACUUGUCAUACUACUACAAAGCUGUUGAAUACUGUCAAUCCACCAACUCGAAAAUCUCAUCUCCCUAUAACAACAACAACUAGACCUACAACUACAAGUACAAAACCUACAACAGAGAAAAAAGGCUCUAUUCUAGUCCCUAAUGAUGAAAUUAAGAAUACUCUGCUAAACAAUAAUUUAACACUACAAUUACGUAAUAAAACAUUCAGUCAAGUGGUUGAUGAAAUCAGUAUAGUCUCUCGGUUGACAAAUGCUGUAAAACGUGCAGUGUUUGGAACAUUUUCACAGUUUUUCACAUCUGUGCAACAAGACUCUAGUACAAAUUAUUACAAUCCACUUGAAAUUGUGCCAACAUCAGAGCAUUAUACAAUUAUCAGUUAUCUUUUCAGUCAACAAGGUUUUACAAAUCGUCUAUGUAAAGAUUCACUAGCCUAUUUAACAGUUAAUCAAAUUGAAGGUUUAUGGCAAUUGAAAUCCUGCCUAAUAUCAUUGAAUGAAAUUUACACCCUAUACUAUAAUAAUCAUAAUAAUAAUAAUAAUAAUAAUAUUCAAACAUCAUCGAAUGAUAAUAUUGGCGAUUUUCUCCUCUGGUUACAGACAUUUCAUAUCUCCAAGUUAGAUAAAUGUCAACAAGCUGUGAAACAAUUGAAUUUAACACUUUUCUUCAAUGAUCAGCCAUCAGAUUAUGAUUAUUAUUAUUAUUAUGAUAUAGACAAGAGUAUUCUACACAUGUGUAUGGCUUAUCAGCAUAUACAAAGAAAUAGAACUAGGCCACAGUUGAAUUUCAUUGGUUCACAAGACUUUGCAUUUAAUGAUUUGGAUAAUAUUAAUAGUGAUGUUGAUGAUGAGGAGGGUUAUGGUGUUUGUUAUUCUGUUAAUUGGCAGUGGAUACAGUUGAAUAAAAUUUUGUGGAAUAGACCUACGACGAACAAGUGUUCCAAAUUACCGUCUUUUCUGUUUUCAAGUGAACACACUGAUUUGUCAUCAUCUAUGCCGGAUUCAGUUUAUUCAGAUACUACUGAGGAGAAUGAUGAAAAGAUACUAGUUGAUGAUUUUCAAUCUACUGAUAAUUUUAUUAUCGGUAGAAAUAUGAAGUCAUCGGAUCAUCGAUUACCGACGCGUAAAAUUGAUCGUCAACAUCCUAAUUUAGCAGUAGUUGUACCAGCUGAUCUAGGUGGUUCACGAAGAUCUACGGCUUACAUGCGUCUAAAUAAUCGUGUUCGUAUUAUUGAGCGUAAUGUUUCAGUGAGUAUGAGGUAUUUAGAAGAAUUGAGUCAAAGUUAUCGUCGUCAAAUGGAACGUUUAUCGCGGUCAUUCAAUCUUACUUAUGCUUGGUUAAAGGUAACAGCUCAUGGUGCUGAAGAACGUGAUCGUCAACAACAGUGGUGUACUCUUUUCGAUAGAUCUGAUGACGAUGAGAAACCAAAAAAAUGCAAUAACUGUGGUGCAACAUUCACAUCCAUCGAGGAAUGGCAAUCUCAUGUAUCAACGUGUCAUGAUGAUGAUGAUAAUGGCGUCCAUAUCUGUGAAAUUUGUGGUGAUCGUUUCAAUUCCCAGGCUGUAUUAAAAACGCAUAAAAGGACAGCACAUCAAAAAAUUCGAACAUAUGAUUGUCAACAAUGCGGUCAAAAUUUUCUUCGUCUUAACAGUUUCAAGUAUCAUUGUUGCAUUGAAAGUAAACCUGAUGAUGAAAAGAAAACUGAAGGCAACGAGCAGUCAUCAAAAGCUUCAACAGAAACUGCCACAUCUCAAUCUUCAAUGAAUCAAACUAAAAACCCGGUGAUGAAUAAUGUUCCUACACCGCCGCCUCCUUUAUUAGGUGUAUCACAGAAUACAAAUCUAGCCGCUAUAGCAAUGCUUUCAGCUGUUGUCACUAGUUUUGGCCUACCGGUACCAUGUUUACCGUCGCAUUCUGAUGGUAAAAAUCAAUCCAAACAAAAUGUGCCUGUUGUACAACCGUCGACAAUUCCACCUCCUUUGCUUGGAUUUACGCAAGCAGUCAAUCCAACUAGUGCAUCCAGUUCUUCUAGUUUACCACUUCCUAAUUCGUUACUAAACAGUCUAUCGACAACACUACCACCACCACCACUUGCAACGUCGUCGGCUUCUCCUACGCCUGGUACUGUCGUAUCCAGUGAUAAUCGAAAGUUGUUUAUCAAUCAAGCUUUAGCUGUUUUAAAUGCUUUCGCCUCCUCGGCUAAUAAUAGCAAUAUUGAUUUUUCUAAUUUUAACAAAUCUGGUGCCAGUAGUCAAUUGUCGAAUACAACUACGAAGUUAGUUAAACCUGAACCAAUAACUAACGGUACCAAUGAGAUAAAUUCAUCAAUAUCAAGUUAG